AGUCCUCCCUUUUUCCAGCCUUCCUGAUCCUCUACUCUGCAGCUCCUCUGCCCUGUCGUCCCUCACAUUAUCCCGUCUUUAAUGAUUCUUUAUUCGGCCUCUUCUCCUCCGUGUGAUCGCCUCCUCUCCCUGCUGAUCUGGGAGCAGCUGUACCGGACCGAUCUCCCAGCUGUGUGCCUCUCCAGUCCCGCAGGCAGGGUCGGCCAUGUUGUUGUGUGGGGGUUGAUGCAAGUUUAGUAGUAAGGAAGUAGAAGCUACAAAGAGCUGGGACACUUCAGGAUCUCACUUUUUUUUUUUUUGUAAAUGCUGCAGCUGGAUUAAUCCUCUGUGAUGACAAUGACAGAGGAUCCUCACAGAUUUCACUUCAGCGUUAAGUCUGACCUCUCUGCUGGAGGCAUGAAGUGAGGAUGAGGAAGGGUCGGUCCCGUUUGGAAUAACUCGGAUUUUUUUUUUGUCCCGGAUCUGAUCGGGAGGAGAAGGGGAAAACAGGAGAAAAGACAAGAAGAAGAACGUGGAUUUGUGAAGGCAGGGCGAGACCAUGGGCUGCAUUAAGAGCAAAGAGGACAAAGGUCCUACCAUGAAGUAUCGGCCAGAUAAUUCCGCAGCGUCAGACCCCAACUCCACCAUCACCACACCUCACGUGGGUCACUACGGACCGGACCCCACCCAACUGCAGCAGAACCAAGCCCCCUCCUCAGGCCCUGGGACUGGGAACUUCAACCACACCCUCAUGCCGUUUGGAGGCUCGUCUGCCAUGACUCCCUUUGGAGGGGCGUCCUUCACCGGCCCUGUGUCCAACUCGUUCUCUGGCGCCGUCUCAAGUGGUGUUACAUUCUUUGUGGCCUUGUAUGACUACGAAGCUAGGACAUCUGAUGAUCUUUCAUUUAAAAAAGGAGACCGAUUCCAGAUCAUCAACAAUACAGAGGGAGACUGGUGGGAGGCUCGCUCCAUCAAUACCGGGAGAAAUGGCUACAUCCCCAGCAAUUACGUGGCCCCUGCUGACUCCAUCCAGGCUGAAGAGUGGUACUUUGGUAAAAUGGGACGCAAAGAUGCUGAGAGGUUGCUGCUGAAUACAGGAAACCAACGAGGAACUUUCCUGGCACGAGAAAGUGAAACUACUAAAGGUGCUUAUUCUCUCUCCAUACGAGACUGGGAUGAAACCAAAGGGGACAAUGUGAAACACUACAAGAUCCGCAAGCUUGACAGCGGAGGAUACUACAUCACUACCCGGGCACAGUUUGACACACUACAGAAGCUUGUCAAGCACUACACAGAGCACGCUGACGGGCUUUGCCACAGGCUGACCGCGGUCUGCCCGACAGUCAAGCCUCAGACCCAGGGGCUGGCUAAAGAUGCCUGGGAGAUCCCCCGGGAGUCCCUGAGACUGGAGCUCAAGCUGGGCCAGGGCUGCUUCGGAGAGGUCUGGAUGGGCACGUGGAACGGCACCACUAAGGUGGCCAUAAAGACGCUGAAGCCGGGCACAAUGUCACCUGAGGCCUUCCUCCAAGAGGCUCAGAUCAUGAAGAAGCUCCGGCACGACAAACUGGUGCCUCUGUAUGCCGUGGUGUCCGAAGAACCCAUCUACAUCGUCACAGAGUACAUGGCCAAAGGAAGCUUUCUCGACUACCUCAAAGAGGGCGACGGUAAAUUCCUGAAGCUCCCCUUGUUGGUGGACAUGGCUGCACAGAUCGCUGAUGGAAUGGCUUUCAUUGAGAGGAUGAACUACAUCCACAGGGACCUGCGCGCCGCUAACAUUCUGGUGGCCGACAACCUGGUGUGCAAGAUCGCUGACUUUGGUCUGGCCAGGUUGAUAGAGGACAAUGAGUACACAGCCAGGCAAGGAGCCAAAUUCCCCAUUAAAUGGACGGCCCCAGAGGCUGCGCUGUACGGCCGCUUCACCAUCAAAUCAGACGUGUGGUCCUUUGGGAUCCUUCUCACCGAGCUCGUCACCAAAGGCAGAGUGCCCUACCCAGGCAUGGUGAACCGCGAGGUGCUGGAGCAGGUGGAGCGCGGCUACCGCAUGCCCUGUCCCCAGGGCUGCCCCGAGUCCCUGCACGAGAUGAUGAAGCACUGCUGGAAGAAGGACCCCGACGAGAGGCCCACCUUCGAGUACCUGCAGUCCUUCCUGGAGGACUAUUUCACCUCCACAGAGCCUCAGUACCAACCUGGAGAGAACCUAUAGCCUGCCUUCACUCUGAAACGCCUCGAAGCACACUUGCUUGAAGACGUGAGCUCUUAAAUAUUGAACUUCACAAAGUCAACUGGAAUCCAGGAUAACCAGUUGCAUUAACCACUACUUGUUCUUGAUUUUUUCUUUCUCUUUUGCUUUCAGCGUCCGCCAUCAUUUCAUAUUUUUUUGAUUUCAUUCAUGGUACUAUUAUGUUUUGUUGGCCUCUAUGUGGUUUAAUGUGGAGCUUUCAAACUCCACUCACCCCCAAAUUGUAUUCUUUUGUAGUAAAUUGGUAAAUUAUGCAUUGGAACGAUUAAUUAUUAACAGAGAUAAUAUAUUAAACUAAUAGAGAGCAGCUCUCAGGGGACUGAUGGUCAUUAUCACAGUCCAUUUACAGUGAUUAAAUCCCAUACAGCUUAACUUUAAUUACAUUUCAUCAGCUACAGUGCAAUUUUUGAGUGUUUAUCUGUGACAUGAUAUUUUAUGAAUUUCGAACAUUUUGCUUUUUAUAUCAUUUUCCUUAGUAUUUUCUUUUUAUCACAUGAAUUAUCACAUUUUAUUCAUAUCACAUGGACAUGGUUUUAUUGCUUCAUUGGAAGACUUUCCCGACUGUCCAUCAUCGUGCCGAAAUCUCUGCUAAGACUUUUUAUAACAUUGCCAUAAUUCUUUGUGUUCAUCGCUGCCCUGGUUGUAUAAUCUGACUGCAAUCACGACAGACACACACUUACAUAAAAACAGUGUGUGUCAGUGAGUUAAACAGUGAUGAACUUCGUGGACUUGCGGCUUCUUGCCAAGCCACAAUGACAUUUCAUGAACACAGCCACCAUAUAAACUGGUUGGACAUUUUUUUAUCUUCUACAAUGUGACUGAAUUAAGCACUUGGGACUCUUUCCUGCUCAUGUAUCUAAGGUGGCUCUGCAGAAACUUUGUAUAGCAAUGUCGACAGUUUUUUACAGUCCUUUUAUCUUUGCAUUUGGUUCCUGUAUUGACUCUUUGGGGCAGUAUUAUAAGGGGGUUUAACACUAAUUGAUGAAUGAGCUUGUAAAGAAGGGCUUUGUAUUAUACAAUCCUCAUUUUGUAAGAUUAUUAAGAAAAUGGACAUGAUUGCAAAUUAUAUUUGGGAGGGAGGUUGUGGGUGGAGAGGUAUUUGUACAAUAAAUACGUGAUUUU